GCACGCGCAGUUCGGCGCCGUCCGGCGGCGAUGGCGGCGGCGGUGGGAGGAGGAGGAGCGGCGGCCGCGGGAACUAACGGCGCCGGGAUGGAGGUGGACGCGGCAGUGCCGCCGGUGAUGGCGGGGGGCGUCCCCGGCAGCGUGGCGGUGGCUCUGCACCCCCUGGUGAUCCUCAACAUCUCCGACCACUGGAUCCGAAUGCGCUGCCAGGAGGGGCGGCCCGGGCAGGUGAUCGGGGCUCUGAUUGGGCGCCAGGAGGGCCGCAGCAUCGAGGUGAUGAAUUCCUUCGAGCUGCUGGCGCACAGUGCGGACGGGCAGGUGGUGAUCGACAAGGAGUACUACUAUACCAAGGAGGAGCAGUUCAAACAGGUGUUCAAGGAGCUGGAGUUCCUGGGCUGGUACACAACGGGGGGGCCUCCAGAACCCGCUGAUAUCAGCGUGCACAAACAGGUGUGUGAGAUCAUCGAGAGCCCCCUGUUCCUUAAGCUGAACCCCAUGACGAAGCACACCGACCUGCCAGUCAGCGUGUUUGAGUCGGUGAUUGACAUCAUUAACGGGGAGGCCACGAUGCUGUUUGCGGAGCUGCCCUACACUUUGGCCACGGAGGAGGCAGAGCGGAUCGGGGUGGAUCACGUGGCCAGGAUGACGGCAACCGGGAGCGGGGAGAACUCAACCGUGGCCGAGCAUUUGAUCGCCCAGCACAGCGCCAUCAAAAUGCUGCACAGCCGCGUGCGCCUCAUCCUGGAGUACGUGAGGGCGGCCGAGAGCGGCGCUGUCCCGUUCAACCAUGAGAUCCUGCGCGAGGCGUGCGCUCUGUGCCACUGCCUGCCCGUGCUCAGCACAGACAAGUUCAAAACCGACUUCUAUGAUCAAUGUAACGACGUGGGGCUGAUGGCCUAUUUGGGCACCAUCACCAAGACGUGCAACACCAUGAAUCAGUUCGUCAACAAGUUCAACGUGCUGUACGACCGGCAGGGCAUCGGGCGCCGCAUGCGGGGGCUUUUCUUCUGACUGACGGCGCCUCCGUCCGCUCCCUUUAUUGGCUCAUUAAAAGCGUGCAGCCGA